UAUGGCCGACCCCAAGAGGCCCAUAUCUCUCACUUCUUCCUUUUCAUCUCAUUUUAUUCCGCCAUUCGCUGUUUCCACGUCCAUGAGGCGGCCAUGAGUAGAUGCGUAGAUGAGUAGAGCGUGAGUAAGACGUCAGUUUUAGGAGUGGAGCAGCAGUUGUCGCCAUUUGUGAUAUUUACGUUGUAGUGAUGGAGUGUCAAGAAUCUCAGGUUACAAAAUCCCAGGCAGCCCUGGACACUUGUGAUGGUAUUACUGGUGCAGGUGAUGGAGGAGAAACAGGGCACCUGAAUAAAGCAGAACAAUACACAGAUGCAGAUAAGGAACGUCCCUGUAGUGCAGUCAUAAAUGCAGAUAAGGGGAGAGACUCUGAUACAGUCACUGCAGAAGGAGGACAAAUGAAGCCAUGUGAUGAUGGAAGUGUGAGAGAAGAUAGUGAACAAAUUGAAUCCAAAAGUAUGCAUGGCAUUUCUUCUGAUGGAGAGGUAGUCAAAGAAGAACCAAGGUCUCCGGAACAUCAUAAAGAAGGAGACGCUAUCUUUGCAGAAGAAAGUGGUGCUGAAAAACAAGCAGUGAAAAUUAAUGAAAAUGAGGAAACAGAGAGAAGGGAUGAUGAAGCAAAUAGGGAGCAUGAGUUACCUCUCCAAGAAGAAGGGCCAGAUGAAGCAGAUGACCAGGCACAGGAAUUAGUGGGAGAUGAUGAAGUCAGUGAAGACAUGCAUAUGUACAAGUUAGGCAAGAUCUGUCGAAUCUGUGCAGAAAUGACAGUUGUGUUUGAUGGGCCCAAGAAGGGGGUUCCCAAGCAUGAAAUUGUGAAACAUGUUAAAAAAGUAUGGAAUGUUGACCUCUCUGAUGAGGAUCCAGACAUCUACCCAGUUAAUGUGUGUCAGUAUUGUGAGAGGAAAAUCAAACGACUAUAUCUCAAAGUGUCAAAGAAAAAGAAGUGUGAGUUUUAUAGGGACAAACCUGCAGACUUUGUUGCUCACAGUGCCCAGAACUGUAGUGUGUGCAUGUUGAAAGAUGAUCCACCAGACAGUCCUUGCAAUCCAGCAACUGAAGAGGCUCAGCAUGUUGGGACAGUGGAGACAAAGUUAGGUUCCCAGGGAGAGGGAAGUCAAGCCAAUAAAAUUAUUCUGCCAUCCAUAGAACCAAGAAGAAAUCCAGCUCGAAAGCGUGGAUGGACAGACCAUGAAGCAGAAACACCACAGUUUGUAUCAGUUGGAUGUCAGACAGAAGAAGAUGGGACAUCAGAGAACACGACUGGCUUAGAAGAACAUGAUUAUACUCAGGAUGAGGCUCUCAGUCAAUUUCUCGUUAUACCAAAGAAGUUUGGGGGAAGAACCCCUUACCAUAAGUUAUCUCUAACUGCUGUUAAUGCCAAAUAUAUCAGACAGGACCGACUAAAGCCUUUGAUAGCACACAUAGAUAAGUUUUGCCAAGUGCAGAAGGAAAAUAAGAUUGAUGCCAUGUUCUUCCUCUUGAUGGAAGCCCUAAGAGAUGCAGGAGACCGAGUGAGAGAGACACAAGUUGAAGACAUCUGGUGCCGGAAGAAUAAUGUAGGAAUGUCCCUUACUGAUGAGGAGUGUCUUGCCAAGCGCAUCUUGCUCAAACAGACCAAAGACCAGUAUAGGAAGGAAUAUAGUUACUAUAAAGAAAAGCUGGAAAAAGCAGUACUGAAACCUCCUUUCAUCAUUGACAAGUUGGAGAAGACUUACUUCCCAGAGUACCUGGAGUUCUUUGUGACUGAGGGGGAGACAGGGCCCAUCAUCUACCAGCACGAAAAGCGCUCCCACCCAUCAUACUUUGCCAUCAGUGGCUCAGCAGAGAGCAGCAGCAAGCUGGACGGUAACUACGCAGGGGUUGUAGGGGCUCGCUGGCACUACUUUGAUGCUGUUGCCAAAACACUUGAGGAGCUAGCACACUCCCUCGAAAAUGAAAUUCAUGAACUCGAUGAUGAUUCCUGCAUUCAGGUAGACUUGCUUGAUUACUGUGAAGAGAAGAGAGACCUCACCAAUUUUGGGGACAAGAAUGAUUCUGCAUCAACAGGCAGAUGUAGUCAGAGCAAGAUGAUGACUUAUUUCUUUGGCAUUCAGACAAUGCAGGCAAUUGUUGACAACAAGAUCCACUAUAUAUACAAAUCCAGUUCCAACAAUGUCCAGUUCCGCCCACUAAUGAAGGCUCUAGUUGCCGAGGGGAACACACUUCGCCCCACAAUACAUAGCAUUGAAAAAGAGAGAGCAACCAUGAGUGAAAAGGUCUUCUACAUCACACUGCCUGGAGGCACUCCUCUGCGCUUUAUGGUUUAUUUUGCCAAUGCUACACUUGAGAUUCGUAAGGAUUAUAGGAACAUUAGUGGCCUUACCUUGUCAUCGUUCAAAAAAGUUCCAGCUGUAAUUAACCGCUACGGCAACAUCUGUUUGGAGCUGAAACGAAGCUGGCUGGCCACGAGCCCACGCUUAAUCCAUGUUGGCCGCGUGACCAAUUGUCGUACUAAAUGCAGCCGUUGUGGAGAACAGGGACACAAUGUUAGGAAGUGUACAGUUAAAUCUGAGAAUGUAUCGGGAGACUCAGUCAUCCAUCAUAGAAAAAGAAAAAAGCAGCGUUCGGUCCCAGCCCAUUCCUACCCAGUGGCACUUUCCCAAAACACUUACUCUCAGGUAUUUGUGAAAGACUCCAAGAUAGUGGACCUAUGCAAUCCACAUCCCCUUCCACAGCAACCUCAGCAGCAUCAAGAACCAGAGGAGCAGGAUCCCCUCGCACAGUUAACCACUGUGGCCAACCCAAUGGAUCAGAGCAAUGCUGUAAUCCGCAGUGAUGAACAGAUCCUGUGGACUUGCCCCAGUAUAGGAGGAGGCAGCCAGCCACUCUCUGGCACUGCUUUACCAGCCACACAGGUUCUUGUCCCUUCCUCCGUUUCCACCAACGCAGAGUACCAGACAGGAUCACAUCGAUCACAGACUCAGGCAUCACAAGGCACCUCUGGCCCUGUCUAUGUUUGGACCUACACUGUGGUUCAGCCACAGCAUGGGUCCUCCCAACAACCAGCACAACAGCUGUCUCUCAUCCCACAGCAAAAUCCUCAACAGGGUGUGACACAGCAGUCCCAGCAGCUGUCAGUGAUUCAUCCUCAGUCAGGUCAGCAGGGCACUUCCCAGGAACAAAUCACUGUUGUGCAUCAGCAGCCAGUACACCAAGGAGCAGCUCAACAGAUAGCUGUUGUCCACCAGCCCACAGGACAACAGGCAGCCACCCAGCAGACACAACAGCUCUCUGUAAUUCACCCACAGACCUCCCAGCAAGCACCUGUGCAUACUUCCCAUGUGGUCCCUCACCAACAGCAGGCACGACGGACCUCACAGGAGCAGCAGGCUCAGCAUGUCACCCUUAUCCAGCAACAGGCAGGCCUACCCCAAGCUCAACCACUCACCCUGGUCCACCAGCAACCCACAACCCAGACCUCCCAGCAGAUCAGUGUGGUGCAUCAGCCCCAGACGUCACAGCACCUCAGCAUAGUUCAUCAGCACCAGACUUCCCAGGCAGCAGCAAGCUUGGUGCACCAGCAGCCCAACCAGUCGCAGGGUACACAGCACCAGACUGAGUCUUCACAGUCACAGCAGAUGGUUCAUCCUCAGAGCUCAGAGUUACACCCAAUCAUUGGACAGUGGUGAGGAAGGAGAAGCAUAUUGAAUAUGUGUGAUCCCCUGAACAGUAACAGAAGAGGCCUUCUAAAUGCUACUUAGGUGGAUAUUUCCACUUUCUUCAUAUGGUAUCUUUUAUUUGAUCUAAAGUGUGUUCUGUGAUUAAGCAUUUUGUAGUUGUGUUGUUUAAAAGUAAAAGAAAAUAUGGUUAAAAAGUCAUAUUAACAGGUGUCUCUUAUAAAAGUAUAUUUUAAUUUCUUUUAGAUAUUUUUUCUAAUCAUGAAACUGUUGUCUGUAAUCUAACUUUUUUUUUUUUUUUCCUUCUUUGAAGAUUCUUAAUUACAUGUUCCAUCUACAGAUCUGAAAAAAAAUGUUUUUCAGAGUACUGCAAAGUACAUUUUCAUUUUCCUGGAAUGUGUUACGGUUUCUUCUUCAUUGAAUGAUAGUUAUAUAAUAAUUUGAUGAUAUAAAUUUUUGUCAUAAAUAGAGAUUUCUUACAUUUUCUGUAUUUGAUUGAGAAAGGGAUUGAAAAAGUUUUAGAAUUGUUGAGAAUAUUGCAUAUUGUAAAGGUCAAGAAUCAUCAAGAAAGCAUAAUAAAGAAAGGGAAACAGUGCAGACUUAAUUUUAGUAUGUUUUGAAGCCAUGAAUAUUUUGGUAGGUGUAACCUGCUUAGUAGGUCCAUUGAUUACAUGUGAUAUAUUUUUUUAUUUAGUAAUAUUUUGUGGUUCAUCGAAAUACUCUUAAGUUUUGCUUUAGAUAAAACUGUGUUGGCAAUUUUUUGUGGCAUAGGUCCUUGCUCACAGUCGUGCUUCCUAUGUGACAGUACAUGUGAUACUGUUUACUAUUGGUUCAAGAGUGAAGGAGUCUCAGUCACAUGAAAGUUGGCAGAAUAUUUUGACCAGAGCAAAGAUCAGAUUACUAAUUACUACUGAAUUAUCAAAGGGGUGGCUGAGACAAAAGAGCCCCUAGUCAUUUCUUCCUCCUUGAGCCCUAGGGACUUAAACAUUUAAUCUUAACACAUAUGAGACUGAAAGACACCAUCAGACCAGCAGGGCAUUAAUUUCUGCUGGGUAUUGCAUACAAAACAUGCAUAAAUCUCUCUUAGCAUAUGUACACUAGCAUCUGUGCAUUUCUCCAAAGAGGAAUACACAUUCUAAGCCACAAGGUGAUAUUUUAGGGUGGCCAGUUCUUUUCCACCCUGUCUUUGACCCCAGUAGGCUGAUGUCGGCACUCAGUCACAGCUCAGUUGGCUGAGAGGGGCUGGCGGGUUUGAACCUGGGACCUUAUGAUUGCAGUGGCAGGACUCUCCCAUCUCCUCCAUUGCAACUACUUUGGAUAGGAUUUUAUCCUGUGACUACAGUGGUUAGAGUUAAUUUCUUUAACCACAAUAUUUAAGUAAAGGGAAAAGAGAGACCCUUUUGUCUUUUUUUGGUAGUUCAUUAUAUGAACUUCUUGAGAUAUAUCAGAGAUGUGGAUCAUUUUGCUUACAGAACUUUGCCAACAAGCUCUUGGACUCUCAAAAUCAGACUUAGGACUUUUUCUACUCAAUUAAAAUUUGUUUUUACAGAUUUUAGUAAGAACAAAUUUUUGAAAGACAUUUUUCCUGCAAAGCCUGUCAUCAGCACCAUCUUUGGGAAGUGGUCCUUAAAAUCAGUAAAAAUUGGGCUGGAAAAAAAGUUUAAUUUUGACCUCUCCAGAGUUACAGGGGAUUGGAGAUGACGGGAAAGUCAUGUUAUGAGUUGACUGAGGGAAGACUGAGAAAAAAAAGAAAAGAAGAAAGAAAAGAUCAUGUCUAAGGUGGGAUAUAAUAUCACCAUAUUAUAAUUGACAAAAAAAAUGGAAACAUGACUAAAAGAGCCAUUAUCAAUAUGGGGAGUGAAAAUUGAAUAUGUUUCAUUCUUUAUUCUCAUUGUUCUAUUAAGAGACAAUGUUGCUACUUGCUCUUAGGUUACUGUGGCAAUUUUGGCCAAAUUGUCUCUGUCUUUGGGCUUUAUGUGUUAGUAUGCUUUGUCAGUCAUAUUAUAUUUUGUGUAAUUGUUUGUAUGUGGUAGUGUUCAGAAUAAACCACAUAUAUAGAAACACAACAUUGCAUGCUUCCCUCAACUGCUUCGCUGUCAGAAGUUAUUCCCAUUUUGCUGGCCUCCAGUCUUCCAAGAAUUCUCAGCCUUUUCUAAGAAUUCUCUGCCUUUUGCAGUACCCGGAGGUCUCUGUGAAAUGCCAUCUGUGUUGAAAUAGGAUCAGAUAUUGACUAUUGACUUUGAAGAUUGGUGGUUUUUCAUUUGUACUCAUCCUCCAAUAUUUGCUAUGAAAACUGGUUUCUUUUGUAGUUUUUGGUGUGUUUCAGGAGUUUGUGGGGACUGCCACCUUUGGCAACUCUUUUGUUCUUUAAAGAGGUCUUUGUUCCCCCCUGGUACUACUCUUUGGAGUGAGAGUUAUCUGAGUUACACCAAAUAAUAGUGUGGUAUAAAACAAAAUGAGAGUGUUUCUUGUCUAUAGUGUUUUGCAUGUGUUGGCUAAAUCAGGUAGGUGAAGGUGUUCAUUAGAAGUUUGUGGAGUUUAUAUCAGCUGAUCCCCAGUGAUGUUAGGGAAUUAACAUGAAGUAGCAUGUAAGAGGGUGUGUUUGCAAUGGUGAUUUGCAUUGUUUUAAAUUAUUAUUAUUAUUUUUUUUUUCAGAUAUUUUUAUGUGUGCCAUUUUUUUCAGUCACUUAUUUCACACUACUCUCCAUAUCAUUACUUUCUC